CGGCGAUAACCCGCCCCGGUUGAGCCACCGCGAUCUACCUUGAUUUUGCUCCGCUGCUCCCCUCCCCCCUCUCCGCCUCCCCCCUCUCGCGUAUCUGGCCACUCUCUUGCAUUUGCCAUGGCUCCCCCGUCGAUUCUCAACGCCUGGAAGUCGCUCUCGCGCUUCCCGCCGUUUAUGCGCACCCUGGCCUUCCGCUACAUGGUCUCCUCGAUCGCCCCCUACUCCGGCACCAUUUUCCCCAAUGUCCAGCACCUGGACACCCACAAGUGCCUGGUCUCCAUCAAGGAGCGCCGGAUUCUCAAGAACCCCUUUAACAGCAUCCACGCCGUGGCCCUGACCAACCUUGGUGAGCUGGCGUCCGGCGUCAUGGUCAUGUCGGCUCUGCAGGAGAACGGCCUCCGGGGCAUUGUCACCAAGCUGGACACCGAGUACCACAAGAAGGCCAAGGGUGUCGUGACGGCUGAGGCCCUUUCUCCCCCCUAUGACAUUUCCGGAAACCCCAUCACCCCGAAGGCCCUGGCCGCCGGCGCCCCCCCCGCCGGCACCGAUGCCGGCAGCACCGAGGCGGCCCCCCAGGCUUCUGGGCCCUCCUCCGCCAGCAGCGAGACCCCCUUUCCGGUGAAGGAGCUCCUCCUGCCCGGCGAGUCCGAGAAGCAGGUUCAGUUCAAGACCACCAUCCGCGACGAGGCUGGCGAUGUGGUGGCCAUCACCACUGCCCGCUGGAUUGUCCGCGCUCUUCCCCAGGGCCAGUCUAAGAACUGAGCGCCUGCCCCUUGCUUGACCCCCACCCGCCCUCGCUUGUGGGUGUAUCAGAAUAGUGACAUCCACCUGCUUUUAUCAA